CAUAACAUCGGCACGUCGCCGCCCUCGUUCAUCUCCAGAACGCCACCAACAAGCACCGUCCCACCGUCACAUCACAUCCCAGUCCUCGCCCUCACCCCCGCCCAGCACCACCGACUCCAAAGCCGCCGCCGCCGUAAUCACUGACUCUGUGAUACAAUUCAGUCAAACACACCGCCACGACAACAUACUCCACCACGACCAAUCGCGACCGGAGGCUCCCCGGCGACGUGUCAACAUUGAAUCAUCACAUAAACACCGGAGAUGGACCUGAUGAAAAUCAGCGUCGUAUUGUACAUCUCACUCAUAUUAGUACUCAAUAAGUAUUCGGAUUGUACCACUCACCCUAGGGUCAAAAUGUAUGGUCCUAAAGUAACAGUCAUAGAUCGUCGGAAACCUGAUCCGAAAAUUGGACAAGACGUAAUUAAUGAGGUAAAAAUUAUUUCCCAACCAGAAGAUUUUUUGGACGAACCCAGCUGCCUUGAAUUGCGUCUAAUGUGGCGCACUUAUCAGCGGCAAAAUCAAUUGACACAAUCAGCUAGCAGCUUACCGCUGACUUUCGAUCCGUUUGCAUUUAAUACAUGGGAAGAUUACAUUAAGCCGAGAUAUAUAAACAGACAAAAAUCAAUGAUGUUUGAACGAACCAUACCAGACAGGUUUCAUAUUUACAGACAACUUAGACCGUUUGAAAAAAUCGCUAGGCUGACCACUACAACGAGGGCUAUCAUGGACGAUCAGCUGACGAGAAAAGCAAAUUUAUUUCGUCUGGGUUAUCAUCCCUUGACUAAAAUACCUGUAAUCGCCAUGCGCCUGACAGCCAAAGAUAGAUUCCAAGAGUUAAAAGAACUGAUGCGUCACGAGAAGACAAACAAUUACCAACCGGGAGACAGUGACGAUGAUCCGUUUUCCAUAGUACCGAUCACCGCGGCGGCGGUCACUUCCAACGGCACUGCGGGCAAAAAACGACCUGGCUACGAGUCAUUGAUGUCACGACCCAGACACUUUUCACAAGGGCACUAUAUGAACAUGAAACCAAAUGGCGAACGUAUCGACAGUACUGUGACAGUUACACCGCAGUAUAAAUCUUCGCCGCUUAUCAAACCAUGGAAUUCUAGAUGGUAAAUGUCAUAAAGACAAUAUUGCGUCGACAGUAAAGCCCAGAAUACCUAUAGGUACACAAUAUUAUGUUCAUAUAUAUUCAAAGCAAAUCCUACGUCCAUUCACAGAAACUAACCAUUUGUCUUCCUUCCGGCGAUGAAUUAUCUGAUCUGUUGCGCUUAUUCUUGUGUAUAAAAGAUUAAGGUAAGUAUAGACACUUAUUGUUCUUUUAUAUUGAUUAUAAUUUAAGCUAAUAACUAAUAUGUUUUUCCUAUCUUUUGUAAAUUAUUAAUAAUUUUGAAUGCCUGUUAAAGUUCUGUUUCUUAAUAUUAUAACAUAGUUACGUAUUAUGAACCUUCACAUAAUCAAAUAAAAAUAGAAUAAUUAUUAAUUAAAUUAUUAUUAAAAACGUAGGUGAUAAAAAUAUAACAGCAUCAUAUAAUAUAAAUAUUAUAGAGUUAAAAUAAUGCUCUUACAUAUAUACAACUAUGACCAAUAUUUAAUUUUAAGAUAUAAAAGAGUAAGACUUGCUUAGUUUUUAUUUUUUCUGACAUUGAUGAUUAUUGUUAAAACUUAAAACUUAUUACCUGUGAACAAUUCUAAGGUCUUUCAUGAACUAUUCGGUUAGACAUUUAAUUUUUAAUUAAAUUUCAAAACCGAGAUGUGUUAGUGUUCCGUUUUAAUCGUCCACAUUAGACUUUUACAAAUAGAAUGUUCGAGUAAAACACUGAUGUAGGUUCUUUGAGAUGAUUCCACAUUCUUUCCUUUGACUAAUCAUAAAAUAUAUAAUUAAAAUGAUUUGUUUGAUACUUUUACGAUUUAUUUUAUUAUAAAUAGAUAAAACUGUUUAUAAGUACUUUUGUUAAAUAAAGUCUGAUUAAAUAUCAACCAACAAAAUAUUAUGUUAAAUAGAUAAUAUAAAAUACAAAGAUGCCAACAAAUUUAAGGAAUUAUGAAAUUACUACAUUAAAAGCCAUAUUUAAAUAUUGUACAGGAAACAUGCAUUGUUCAUUAAUUUCCAUACAUUUUUAAAAGUUUAAAAAAUUAAAUUGCAAUGUUUUUAUUAAAAUGACAUUACACUACAUAUAAACACAUUCUGAUCGCCUAUAUAUUUGUGAUUUAAAUAUUCUCCUAAACUAGUACCAAUGUAUUUGUACCUAAAAUGUUUUAAAAAAAAGUGAUGAAAAAUAUUAUUAAAUACUACCGUCUUGCUCUCAAUAGUUUAAUCAUUCAAAUUACAAAUAAGUAUAUGAUAAUAUGAUUAUAAGUUAUAUUGCAUGAAGAAAAUCGGAUAUAAUAAUUUGAAUCGGAUAAUAUAGUUUUUUAUUUUAAAUUGCAUUUUAGUCAGCGCUAAUCCGGUAUUGGACAGUUAAAAAAAAUAUUAUUUUCUCACAGCCAAAUAAUAUCGUAAAAAUAAAAUGUAAAAUAUCAGACCAUAACAUGCAUAACCACUCAUCAAAAAACUCGAAAACUCAAGUCAAAAAACAAACAAUAUGCAGAAAUGGGUACAGUUGUAUUUUGCACGACAUAUCGGCGCAUAAUACUACGUAACUACCUACUUCGAACUUUUAUUUCCAAACGACGCGAGUGCACCGCACAUUACCCUACAACAAUAUACACACUCACACCAAUAAAACGACGAACGGAUGGGAGUAGUGUAGUAGCUAAUUUUGAAAAACAUAAUAUCAAAGUAUCAUAAAAAUGGCAAUGAAGCGCUCGCGUUUUCUGGCAAGACUGUUCGCAAUAAGGUCUGCGAUAACUGCGAACGAUCGCAUGACACGAUGUAAUAUUUCAACAUCACUGCAUUUUAUUGUAAUCAGAUAGUGUUCGGUUGUAAUAGCGGUAAAAGUCUAAAUAUAAAAUUUAAAAUACCUACCAGUUUAAAUAGUCCUCAACAAUUUAAUUAUUGUAUGAUACCCGUAAAACGUGGAAAUGUACGCGAUUAUUUCCCAAGACAAACAUAGGUACCUACAUUUUUAAUUAAUUACUAAACGUUUUGCAAAUAAAACAUAGCAAUUAAAAGUCAUUAUCAUUUACACCUUAUAUUCAGCAAAAAAGUUGACUCGUGAUUUGGAUAUAGUUGCCUAGAAACUGGUCAAAUUCAAUAUAAUAUUUUAACAAAUUUAAAAAAACUUUUAAUAAAAUAUAAUGUUAAUGAAAGUGUAAUCAUUUAAUUUUUACAUUAAUUUAUCCUACCAAACUACACAAGUAAAUAUGACGAAAAAACAUUAACUUGUAAUACAAUCCCUGAAAUUAGCAAUUACCUCUAAAAUAUACAAAACAAAAUGUUCUCUAUACUUGAAAGCAGAGCAUUGCACCUGAUUUAAUUAAUUAAAAUUUUGGAUAUUGAAUAUAUUCAAGUUUUAAUAGUAAAGCACUGGAGUGUAAGAUUCAAAAAAUCAAUUAGGUGAUUAUAAUCGUAAUUAUUCGGAUUAAUUUAGGUUAAUAUGGGUGUCGGUCAAUAAUGUAUUAAAAAACUAUUUUCUUAUUUAACUUUAGGAUAUAUCUUACUUCUUAGAAUAGUAUUUCAACCCAUAAAAUAUUAUUAUCAUAUAACUAUUACUAUGACAAUUUUUACUUAUAACUGUCCAUUCAGAUACUUAUCUCGAUAAAAAAAAACGUUCAUUUUAAAAAUAGUUAUAACAUAUUAUUCUAUGCUUGUUAAUAAUAUUUUUAAUAAAAAAACUAAUAAUAAAUUCGAAUCAAUCCUGAAAAAUAUGUCAAAUUUUUAUAGUUAAGAAUUGUAUAGGUUUUGGUUAAUUCGGGUGUUUUGAAAAAAUUUAUUUGGGAUUGGUAUACGGUAUACCUAUUUGAGUCGAUAUUUCUUAAUGGGUUUUACGGUUAUUAUGAGACAGGUAAAUUCAGGUGCAAAGCAUGGCUUGAAAGUAUACUUGUAACACGAAAGUUAAUGUCUAUCUUUUAGAUUUAAUGCAUCAACUAUGAAUAUUCUGCAAUUGCCACAAACUAUAUUUAUAAAAUACACAUUACUUCGUCAAAUCAAAAGUCAACACGUUUUGUUGAAUAUGCUUUUCAGACUUCAUUUACACAUUCACGAUAAUGACAAUAAUAUCAUCGUUUUACCUACGUCGGAUUUUUUUUUUAUAAAUAGUUCAUAUUGUUAGGUUUCUGUCACUUCUUAACUCAACAUUUGACACUCGUCUCAAAAAAAUGUAUAGGUACAUUUCCGAGAAGUCGACACUCUUGUCUCUUAUUAUAAUUUAAAUAAAGAUAAAAGGCAUAGAUAACGAAAUAAACGACAAGGCAUUUUGAUAAGUCUUCUUUAAAAUAAAUUAUGGUUGUGUUAUUAAACAAUGUCUUACUAAUAUUAAUGUUAUAAUAAUUAUUACCAUUGAUCUAAAUACUUAAUCAACUAUUCAUAUGGAAUUUAAAAUAAAUAUAAAACUAUUUCUACGGUUUCUUGUUAGUUUAACCUAUUAUUGCUCAAAUGAGAUUUUAGUAAUACAAAAUUAUAACUAUUUUAGAAUAACCUAAUAUAUAUAUAUAUAACUAUAAAUUAUAAAUUUUAAUAAAUAAUUAAAAUUAUAUUAUAAAUAAUACUUUUGAGUAUCUAGAAUAGUAAGUAGAAACAUAAUGAAUAUUUAGGAUAAAUGUUUGCGUUAAUUAUUUUGCAUUAUUUUUUAUUUUGUAAUAAUUAUUAUUACCGUUUUAAAGGCUAUUCACCUUGUCUCUCGACAAGGGGCCUUAACAACAAAGACAGAAAAGUGAGACUGAAUUCCCGUAACGCGGGAUUUCAGAUAUUAGUUUAAGUUAGGCUGACGUGUGAAAAUAUAUGUAAGGUAUCAUUAAGAGUUAAGUUUAGAUUACAAUUAUUAUAUAUAUAUAUACGUAUAGUAUAUACGUACUAUGAUAUAGUACUAUUCUAUUAAGCAAUUAUUAUUCUUCUUCUUUUUUUUUUUAUCGUCAUUGAUGCAUUAAAAAUAAUGUAAACGAAAAUAUAAUAACAAUAUAGUUACAAUAAAAAGCUGAAAAUUUUUUAUCACUAAUAUAUUGUUGGUUAAAUUUAUUAGAAAAAAAACAUAAUAUACUCUAACUCUAUUGUCAAAACGUUAUUAAACUUUCUCUUUGAUGAUUUGGAUAAAUAUCACAGUAAAUAAGUAGUUACCUACAAUGAAAAAUAUCUUAAAUAAGUUAUAACU